AUGAUCAGUGCCAAGAGACUCGUUAAGAUAGCCAGAAAGUGGAAAAAUUUCGCGGAAGUUCAACGUGAAACAAUUUUUACCCCAAGAAACAUUAUCUGCUGCUUUGGCAAGGGACACUUUGCAGUGUACACCGUUGAUCACAGGCGAUUUGAGGUUCCGUUGUCUUAUCUGAAUAAUGCAAUAUUCAGACAGUUACUGAAGAUGUCUGAAGAGGAAUUUGGAUUGCCUAGAGAUGGGCCUAUAGUAGUACCGUGUAAUUCGGUCUUGAUGGAUUGUGUCAUGUGCUUGAUCAGAAAAGGUGAGGCUGGAGACUUCCGAGAAGGAGAUUUGCAGAAGGUUUUGCCUAAAUUGGUUGCUCAAAGCCACUGCUUGCCGUCGUGUUUGUAUGAACAGAAGAUGAAUCGGCAGUUGCCUAUACAUUUCACUAAGCUGCAAUAA